AUGGCAGGAUGUUUUCAAAAUACAAUAAGUGAAUACGUUCAAGUGGCUAGUUUGCUAGACAUGCAACAGGGCAUGGGAUGGCCACAUACUUUAAGAGUCGUUGAAGGACACGAAGCUCUCAUCAAACUAAGCAAAACACUGCAGAACCAACAGUCGUGUGAAAUAAAAACUCCAGCUGGCGAAACAAUUAAUGUGCUACAGCUGCCUAAUAGCAGGUACGAGAGAUGGUCUGACGGUUGUGGUUUGAGAGUACGUAAUGUUGUGGCUACAGACGAGGGUCGUUGGAGGAUUACAGCGACUGCACAGGAUCAUAAAAUUACUGGAUGGACCGAGGUAUAUGUGGAAGAAAAUAUAUCGACAUAUCCAACAUCGCCGAUAUCUCUACUCGACGGCGAAAUACAUAGAGUUGUAAAUCUAACCACUCUCGACAAUUCCUAUUGUCUUGUUACGCAACCUUUCUCUGAUAGUUCUUUAGUAUCGGGACACUGCAAUGUGACACUAGAUCGAACAACUAGAGCCGUUCAGGGUAAUUGGAACGUACUUCUUGGUAUUCCUGGUCAGGUAAAAGAAGUAUCUGCAGAUAGACGUGUCGAUGUAGAAGGGGAGCGUUUGGAUGCCGGAUAUAUUCAUGAUUCUGCAUCUAACAAACUUCAUCUGUACUGCAAUAUACAGUAUUCAGUAAAAAAUAUAACUUUUUGUCGUUUUCAAAGGAUGAGUGACUCACUGGGCUUCAAUAUAAUGGAUGGAUUAAGUGAUGGCAGUCACAGUUAUUAUGGCAAUGGUUUUAUUGUAAAACACUGCGGCUUAACUGUAGAACAUCCUACUAAUGAAGAUUUCGGUACUUGGCGAUGUUCAGUAGGUGUGAAACAGUGGGUGGAUUUCCCACACCAUACGGAGAAUCAAACUCCAUUUCAGGCGUUGAUUAAUAUCCCUCCACUGUCUAGCCAUAAUAUUAUGGCAAUUGAACAUAAGAGUAAUAAUGACGUCGUCGAAGAUAGAACUAUAUUUGUUCAAGAAAACACGUCUUUCACCAUAAGCUGCCAUGCUGAAGUUUCACUUACAUAUUGCUGGUUUCAGCAUCCCAAUGGUACUCAAUUUACACCAUUGCCAUUUGUUCAUGGCAGUAUACAAGAAUUCUGGACGCAUUCAUAUGAGAGCCAUCAAAAUGGAGAUUGUGAUAUUACAUUUGCACAUGUUAAGAAGGAGGAUGCUGGGCUAUGGACUUGUCACAUGGGCCCUAGGGACUUGGGUGUAGAAAUCACUAAUGAACUAAACAUUCGAGUUACUGGUCCACUUGCUGCUUAUGUGGAUGAAGUUUCUACUAGAAUUGGCAGUGAGGCUACAUUGUAUUGUCACAGCUCAAAUGGAAGAAGACCUUUGAGUUACUGCAGAUUUUUGUCUCCAAAAAACAUAGGAAUAACUAUAGAUUCGGCUGUAACACCAGAUAACGCAAUAUUAGAUCGUUUCUAUUUUACACCCGAUCGACACCUGGAUUUCGGAGAUUGUUCACUUAGUAUAAAUCCGGUUCUCGAGGAAGACAUAGGAGAAUGGACAUGUGCAGCUGUUGUCAGUGAGACCACAAUAGAAUCAAGAGAAGUUAUUGAAUUAAAUGUCGAUAAAACACCUGCACCACUCUCCCAAGCUGGUAUUAUUGGAAUGGUAAUAGGACUUAUAAUCUUGGUCGGCGUUUUAAUCGGAUAUGUUGGAUACAAGCGUGGAUGGAAAUUACCAGAAUGGCGAAAUCCGAUUCGGAAUACUGAAGUAAAUUUACAAACAUUGGACGAUCAGUUCUCGAUUAGAUCGACUGCCUCAUCUAAUCGCAAUAUUGUUGAUUUCCAAGUCGGAAACGUUGUACAACCUGUAGACCAGUUAUAAAUAUAUAAGUACCUAUAUUAUUCUGUUAUUACUUUUUAAUUUUAUUAAGGUGGUGCAAUUGUACAAUGAUAGGUGUA